CUCCCCGGAGAGUAUCGCUUAUAUACCACAUUUGUUGAUUCCCAACCCGCUUAUUUUCCUAUGGAAAGAUCCCUCGAUCCCAACUAGAUACACAAUGUUCCACGACCGGAUAUGGGUUCUCCAGAGACUGGAGCGUUUGAUGUACUGCUUUUAAGCAUUUCAAAGCUAGUAAACAUCAGACAUCAAUUGGGGUUUGUUCGGCUUAAAGUCUGGUGGUAAAAAGUUGGUCUUUCUUCUUCGCCGACAACACUUGAAUUAUCGUUCUACCUUCGGGGCAACUUCACUUUGGAUUAUCAAAAUGUUCAAGUUCUUUAGGAAGGGCAGACACCCAGACUCUAGAGAAGCUGAUCGUGUUAUUGAGGUCAAUGACAGAGACAAUGAGGCCCAUCAUCAUUACAAAGAUAACUUUAUUCGCACAUCCAAAUACACAAUCAUCACAUUUCUUCCCAAGAACUUGUUUGAGCAAUUUCAGAGGGUGGCCAAUAUGUACUUUCUUCUACAAGUCAUUAUCAUGAGCAUCCCUGAAAUCACUGCGCUAAAGCCUGAGUCUACAGCCGUCCCCUUAGUAUUUGUGAUAGGUUUUACUGCCAUUAAAGAUGCUUAUGAUGACAUAAGACGACAUCAAAGUGACAGAGAUGUGAAUAAUAGGAAAUCUAAAGCUCUUAUUGGUAACAGCCGUGAGGAGAUUAAAUGGAUGAAAAUCAAAUGUGGUGAUGUCUUGAAAAUUGACAACAAUGAACAAAUACCCGCGGACUUCUUAAUACUUUCUACAAGUGAAGAAAAUGGACUUUGCUACAUCGAGACAGCAGAGCUUGAUGGUGAGACCAAUCUCAAAUGCCGACAGCCUUUACCAGAUACAAAUGAAAUGGGAGAUGAUGAAGCCCUUCUUGCCAAGUUUAAAGCCACAAUAAGCUGUGAGCCACCCAACAACAUUCUGGACAAGUUCAAUGGCAAAAUUGCUUUUGACAACCAGGAGUACUCUUUAGAUAACGACAACCUCAUAUUAAGGGGCUGUGUUCUUAGGAAUACUGACUGGGUUUAUGGCACCGUGGUUUAUGCAGGACAAGACUCCAAGCUUAUGAUGAACAGCGGUGUCAGCACAUUCAAGAGGACUAACCUGGACAGGCUCUUAAACAAGCUUAUUAUCGGGAUCGCUGUUUUACUAGCCUGCAUAUGCAUCGUUUUGUCCAUCGGGACAACAAUCUGGGAAGAAUUGGUUGGCCAGAAUUUCCAAGUUUUUCUUCAAUGGCCAAACUUCUACAUGAAUAACGUGGUGUUUAUUGGCACCUGCCACUGGCCAUCCUUUAUCAUGGUGCUGAAUACCUUGAUUCCGAUAUCGCUUUACAUCAGUGUUGAAGUCAUCCGCAUGGGGCAGAGCAUCUGGAUUAACUGGGACCAAUACAUGUACUACGAAAAGAAGGAUACGCCGGCACGAGCUAGAACAACAACGUUGACUGAAGAACUAGGGCAGAUUGAAUAUAUCUUUUCUGAUAAGACUGGAACACUAACUCAGAACGUGAUGACUUUUAAGAAGUGUUCCAUACAUGGAAAGAUGUAUGGUAAGGGAGACCCAGAUGAAAAUGUCCCGGAUUCUUGUAUUAGUGAGCUCACAAUACCCGAAGAAGAUGAGCUGAGUCCUCUAGUGGAUUUCUCGAGUAAUCCAUACUAUGACGGCAAGUUCCGAUUCCACGAUAAAGCGCUGAUUGAUGACAUCGCUAACAAUUCUCAGGGUUGUCACGAGAUGAUGCGGUUGCUCGCUCUUUGUCACACCGUGAUGAUCGAUAACGCGGAAGAGGGGCUAGUGUACCAAGCCCAGUCCCCCGACGAGGCAGCUCUUGUCACCGCCGCUAGAAAUUUUGGUUUUGUGUUCAAGGAAAGAUCCCCAACCACGCUUACAAUAGUAGCCAUGGGACAGGAGGAGCAACACGAGCUGCUGGCAAUUUUGGACUUUAACAACGACAGAAAAAGAAUGUCGGUUAUUGUCCGACGAAAUGACAAGAUCAAACUUUACUGCAAAGGAGCAGAUUCGAUCAUUUACGAGCGCCUGCAUCCAUCGUGCACAAGCCUAAUGGACAAGACCACUGAAGACCUGAAUAAAUUUGCUGCGGAAGGGCUGCGUACCUUGGUGCUGGCCUACAAGGAUAUCACCCCACAGGACUACCAAGCCUGGAAAAGCAAAUAUGAUAAGGCAUGCGUUGCGAUGGAUAAUAGAGAGGAACAGGUGCAAGCGGUGUAUGAGGAGAUAGAGAAAAACUUGAUCCUUAUCGGCGCGACCGCUAUCGAAGACAAACUCCAAGAUGGGGUGCCUGAUGCUAUCGCUACUUUAGCCGCGGCAAACAUCAAGAUCUGGGUCUUAACGGGGGAUAAACCAGAAACUGCUGUGAAUAUUGGGUACUCGUGCCAGCUUCUCACGGACGACAUGACAGAGGUCUUCAUGAUCAAUGGCGAUAGCAUGGAUGCCGUGCGCGAGUCGAUCAACAUGUACAAGAGCAAAGUGCAGGCGGGCCUUGACGACAAAGCUGCACACAACAACAGUGUCUCGUUUAGGAAGGGGUCACGGGAGACUGCAAAGAGCGAUAGCGGCGUUGAGAUGAUUAGUUUGAGGGAUAACCAUGUCGGGAAUGGCGAUGAGGGUAAAACUGACGGCGGGAAUGCAGGGUUCGGACUAGUCAUCACGGGAAAGAGUCUGGUGUUCGCCCUGAACAAGCAGCUUGAACUGGAAUUCCUUGAGCUCGCCUGCAUGUGCAAAGCUGUAAUCUGUUGUCGUGUCACUCCACUGCAAAAGGCUCUCGUCGUACAGCUUGUAAAGGAUAAUAAAAAAGCCGUUACUCUAGCAAUUGGAGACGGAGCCAAUGACGUCAGCAUGAUCAAAGCUGCUCAUAUCGGCGUGGGUAUUAGUGGCCAGGAGGGAAUGCAAGCCACCCUGGCAAGCGAUUACUCGUUCGCACAGUUUAGAUACCUAGAGCGCCUGCUCCUUGUGCAUGGCCGCUGGUCGUACAUGCGCAUGUGUAAAUUUCUAAAUUACUUUUUCUACAAGAAUUUUGCAUUCACUUUGAUACAGCUUUGGUACGCGUUUUUUACUGGAUAUUCAGCACAGACAUUGUACGACGCUUGGUUUAUCUCGUUUUAUAACGUGCUCUUCACUUCGGGGCCUGUCGUUUUUCUCGCUAUAUUCGAUCAGGAUGUAAACCACGAGAACUGUAUACGAUACCCCAAGCUCUACGUCCCGGGACAGCAGAACAUCAUGUUCAACAAGAGAGUGUUCGCGUAUAGCUUAUUUUAUGGCUCACUGACCUCUCUUUGGUUAUACUUCCUCGCUUACGGAGUCCUCGGGUUCGUCACCAUAGAUUCUGUCGGCAGAGAUACCUCCAAUCUCAAGUUCUUCGGGACUGCGGUAGCGGCAACACUUGUUGUGGUUGUCAAUGUCGAGAUCAGCCUCAAGACACAGUACUGGACCUGGAUAAACCACUUCUUUACAUGGGGAAGCAUUAUCUUCUACUUCAUCUUCUACUUCAUCUACUACUCACAGUUCUUCUUUAACAGAGGACCCCAAGAGCACUACUUCGGUGUCCAAUUCCAAGUAUUUGGGAACCCUGUGUUCUGGCUUUACCUACUCAUAGCUGCUUUUGUCACUAACAUUCCCUCAAUAUGCGAGAAACUCAUACGUUCCGAGUAUAAGCCGACCUUGAGUGACGCUGUACGGCGGAAACAGCAAGGGAGAGAAAGGACGGUGUUAAAGUUGAGAGAGUUUCGCCCUCGCCUUACGAGACGUCGAAGCUCUAAGCGUACUAGCUACGCGUUCUCUCACCAGGAAGGAUUCGGGAGCAUCGUAAUGUCGCCGGCGUCUUUCUUGAGAAGGAAACUGAACGUGCGGGGAAACCAGCGAGGAGGGGGGGUAAGAGGGGUGCCUGUGUAAUGAUUUAGACCUUUAAGCAGUCAAGUAGAAGAUAUGAUAGUUGUUAAAUACUCUGACAAAUUUAGCAUAGCAUUGUCUGAAUCCAUCGAGGCUACUGGAGCGAGGUAAAACGAGGUAAAGCAAUGAAAUGGAGUAUUGGAAUAGUGUGGAAGAAGGAUGAAAAAAAGGGUGAGAAUACUACAUCAUAUUGACAAAGAGAAAAAUACAGAAAAAUACUCUCUCAACCAAAAGUUUAAAACGCCUGGACACGUAAGCACGAACCCCAAGGUCGAGGGGCAGCAUAUUCGAUAAUAUAAAGAGCCUCUUGUUCAGUUUUUUAAGAGCCUCUGCCAGCCACAUUUUGUCAUCCUAGCAAAGUACCAAGUGUGAGAAAGCAUUCAUUUUCAUCGGCUGCUUUGGGAAAGCUGUAGAAUUUGGUAAAUAAAAAAUGAGACUUUAUUUUUAGAUGGUUAUUUUGAAAUUUCCUCUCAUUAUUGGUUUAAAACAAUAACAAAUGUUUGGCUAGCCUAUUCCCGAAUUACGUCCCAUCGCUUGCAAAUCAAGACAGUGUGCUUGUCUUGAAACACUUUUUUCAUCAAAAUCUUUUUCUUGUGCUAGAUCGAAGAGUGUGGAAAUGGGCUAUUGAGCAGAGUUCGUGCUUUGAACUCUUGUAAGCAAGUACAUUUAUUCAAGUUGUUUAUAUAAUUGUGUAUAAUGGUAAUCAUACGCGUAAUACAACGCAUACGAGAUCAUUCAUAUUUUAUUACGGUGAUCUUUCUAGAUUCAGCUAUUUUUUUCUUUUAGCAAGCGUACUUAUGAUAUUCAUAUAUUUCUAAAUGGUGGAAAAUUAAAGUAAGCCUUUUACAAUAAAAAAAAAUCCGCGUACGGA